AUGAAGUUGGUUGCACUACUAAGCGGUAUCUUGUUUUCCUCGAAAGAGGUUCAAGCAAGUGGGCCUGCAGCUGCUGUAGCCAGUCCAUUAGCUGUCAUUCCAGGUGCAAACUCCACUCUACCAGCUCACAUAUGGGGUUUUGCUAGUUCUGCCUUCCAAGUCGAAGGAAGUGUGUCUGCUGAUGGACGAGGAACCACAGUAUGGGAUACAUGGACUCACAACGCAACUGUAUGUUGCGAAGGAGGAACCAAUGCAGAUACAGCCGCAGACGCCUACAAAAGAUAUCCAGAAGAUCUGGCCAUCAUGAAGAACCUCAAUGCUCAAGCUUACCGUUUCAGUAUUUCCUGGGCCCGUAUCUUCCCUAAUGGUAUUGGAACGCCUAAUGCAGCCGGUAUUGCAUACUACAAUACCUUCAUAAAUGCCGUGAUUGCCGCUGGACUCAUCCCUAUUGCUACAAUGUACCAUUGGGAUUUGCCAACUGCCUUGGCCACAAAGUAUGGUGGAUGGACUGAUCCUCAGAUCAUUGCUGACUUCAACACCUACGCUGAUACGCUAUUCAGCAACUAUGGUGACAGAGUAAAGAUAUGGUUAACUAUGAACGAACCCUAUUCGGAAUGUUACCAAGGAUACACAGGUGGUAAAUGGCCUCCAGGCAUGUCCAACAAUGUGACUGCUCAAUUAAUGUGUGAUCACUACCACAUACUGGCCCAUGCUACGACCGUCAACACAUACAAAACCAAAUAUCGAUACCAAGCCGGCCAAAUCUCUUGGGUAUACGUCUGUGAUUGGAAUGAACCAAUGAACGCCACUGCUGGAUCGCCAGACAUAGCAGCAUCUCAAGCGGCCAUGGAAUUCGAAAUUGGCAGAUACGCUGACCCUAUAUAUACAGGAGACUAUCCAGCAUCCAUGAGAACAGCGUACGGUACGCAAUUGCCUACGUUUACUCCAACCCAAAAAGCACUGGUACUAGGAGCCGCCGACUUCUUUGGACUAAACGUGUACACAGCAUAUUAUGUACAAGCAUGUGCUGGAAGUCCGUUUUGUCGUGUAACAGGACCAUCAGGAACCGCAACUCUGUCAAAUAAUGCUGGGUUUGUUAUUGGUGGAGUGCUCACUGGAACAUCCUGGUUUUACUAUGCACCUAUGGCUAUGAGAAGGAAUAUCAAUUGGAUCCACAACCGAUAUGGAUGUCCAAUCUUUGUUACAGAGAAUGGAUUCUCUGUGAAUGGAGAACCAUCCAUGACCACUGCUCAAGCCGUAUCAGAUAAUACCAGAGUCAAGUUCUUUGCAGAUUACUUGGCUCAGAUGGAUAUAGCUAUUAGGCAGGACAAGAUUAACAUUAUGGGAUAUCUUGCUUGGUCCAUUGUGGAUAACUUUGAAUGGACAUCAGCAUUCGCUGAACGAUUUGGUGUUGUGCACAUAGAUUAUCCGACCUUCCCUGCUACCAUGGGUGGUGUUGCCGGCGUUGGUAAUGGGACAUUAAAUCGUACUGUGAAGCAAUCUGCUACCUUCUUGUCGACCUACUUUGCCAAUUACACUUGGGGCGGAUAA